AAUUCUCACUUUCCUGCCCUGAAAUCGUAUUAUCUAAUAGAUCGGUUUUCAGUCGGCAGUUUUUUUCUUUUUUAAUUUGUAAUUGACGAUCAAAUUUGUAUCGUCAUAUACGAAAUCGUCAUGUGCUCUCCGCAAUUGAAUUGUUCUGGAAUAUGCAGGGUUUUUCUUCCCGUGCUUGACAAACAACAUCAGUUAAAUGAUGCUCGAAUAAAAUAAACUUCCCUGCGCGACGGCUUGAAGACACGCCUCUUUGGAAUGAAAACUGCCAGAGAAAGCAGCGCGAACACUAGAGUGGAAGUUUUGUUGGUCCGCCAAUGGCCCAGGGUGCCGCGCGGGGCGGCUGUCCACGUCCCCCCUGAGAGAACGAGACAAGGGCCGACAUGGCAGUCGUCGAGUUGGCAGCUAUCGCUUAUCUUAGUUUGCCGGGUCGUUUGUAGGCUUUCUUUUUGUACUUGUACUUUUCUGUGGAAUGGCGCUUUUAUCGAUGCGUGACUCACCGGGCGAAGUGCAGUUGUAGACAGGGGCGACGCAACUUGUGGACUUAAAAAAAAUAAAACACCAAAACAUCUCCCCCUGCGUUUCUGUCGACCGGCAUUAAAACGAUGACAUCCUGGUUAGGGGGGAUUGGCUCUGGCCUCGGCCAGUCGCUGGGCCAAGUGAGCGGCAGCCUGUCGUCCUUUACUGGUCAUAUCUCGAGUUUCACUAAGGACAUGCUAUUGGAAGGGACUGAAGAAGUGCCAGCAGAGCUUAAUACUUCCAACACAAGAUUUAAGGACUUGGAGUCCGUAUAUAUGAGCCAGAAGUCUGAGUAUGAACGUUUAAAGGCUAUACAUUCUGAACUGGAGGAAAAACAUGAAGCAGCUGAACUUCAGAUAAAGCAGCUGUCUUCAGAGUACAGAGGUCAACUGCAGCAGAAAGAGGUGGAGAUAAGCCAUCUGAAAGCACGACAGAAUACCCUGCAAGAGCAGCUGCAUAAGCUUCAGGCAUCUGCACAGUCUUCCCAAACUGAUGCUCCUGUUCUGCCCUUGACAUCUACAUCUACUGGAUUUCUGUCUAGUGAACAGUACAACCGAGGGUUCCAAGGGGAUGAAAUGGACUUUGGGGAUAUGAUCUGGUCACAGCAAGAGAUAAACAGACUAUCUAAUGAAGUGGUGCGGCUGGAAGCAGAAGUCGUACGCUGGAAACAGUUAUACCAAACCUCUAAAUAUCAAGGAUCAGAGAAUGUUGAUCAGGAAGAGAAGCAAUCACUCCAGCGGACUAUUAAGGAGUUAAAAGAAGAAUUGAGCAGAGAAAUUGAUGAGCACCAGCAUGAAUUGUCUGUUUUACAAGAUGCGCACAGACACAAACUAGCAGAAGUCAUGCAUCGGCAUCGUGAAGAAUUGGCAGAGUAUGAGGAGCGAAUUGAGGAGCUGGAGGAGCAAAUACAAUCUGGAGCAACAAGUGGAGGAAAUCCUGAAAAUUUGAAGACCAUUGAUGAGCAGCAUUCUCCUAUAGCUGUUGAGGCUGAAUUAGUUUCGCUGAGGCAGACCAAUGAAGAGCUGAAGAAAAGAAUUGCUGAAAUGAACAGACUUCAAGAAUCAGCUGAGCAGCAACGAUUAGCCGUGUCCGAGGAUUUGAGGCAGUCUCAAGCUGAAAACUGCCAACUGAUACAAAAUUAUGAGCGUCUACAAAAUUGUGUGGAUGAGCUCCAGGUUCGUGUGAAGGACCAAGAAGAAAAAAGCAUGCAAAGGUCACUCUUGGAGAAUGAAAACAAUGUGCUGAAAAAGGCAUUGGCAGAGUUAGAAAAUGAAAUUGCAAGUUUGAAGUCGUCACCUCAGGCUUCUGUCACAUUAGAUGACUCAGAAAUGAAAGAAAUGAUAGAAAUGUUGAAGAAAGAAGUCAAACAGCUAGAAGAUGAAAAGUUGUGCUUUGUUGAACAACUUGAAACGCUAAAGCAUCAACCUACCAGCAGUACUGAAGCUAACAAUGAAGAGCAGACAGAAGCGUUCUUGGAAAUAAAAGAGCAAAAACUACAAGAAACUUUGACAGCAUUGAGCUGCUGCACUCUUGAAAAGGAAACACUAAUAGCAGAAGUUGAAGUUUUGGAUAAGCAAAACCAAGAGGCAACUCAGCAUCUUAUUUACCUGAAGGAACAAUUGGCCCAGCAGAAACAAGAUUCAGAUACUGCCGUUGAAGUUUUAAGAUUAGAACUGGGAAGAUCGAAGUCUGAGGUGACAAGACUUGAGUCAGAGCUGGAGUUGCAAAAGGAGAAGCUGAGCCAAAGUGCCUAUGCCUUAAAUGAUAUGCACAUGACCAAGCAACAGCUUCAGCAAACCAUACAGGACAUUAAAGAAAAAUUGACAAAGGCUCAGGACAGCAAUGCUGACAUCAGGAAAGAAAAUACUGAAUUAAAGAAGCAGUUGCAAACAACAACGCAACAACUUUCCGAAGCUAAGCAUACCUUAUUAAAGACCAAUGAGAGUACCUCUGUUUUGCAGCAGAACCAAAGUGAAUUAGAAAUGGCCAAACUUAAGCAAGAAGCACUGGAAAGCAGAAACAGUCAGGAGAAAGCCUUGGCUGAAAAUUAUGAGUUGAAAAUGCUAACUAGAAAGUUAAGAGAAGAAUUGGAAAGGAAUGAGGAUAGUGUAACGAAAACUUUGUUGGAGACUAACACUAAACUAGAAGCCUUAAAACUGGAAAAAAAACAGCUGGAAGAAGAGUUGAGCAGUGCUGAAAAGCGGUUAGCUGAGCAGUCGAAAUGUUAUCAGCAAACCAUUGAGGAGAUUACUCUUGCAAGAAACUUGGAUGCUACAGCCUUACAAGCAGAGCACGAGCGUCUUCUAAAGUUAAAACAGGAAAAGGAAUUUGAGAUUACUGAGCUGAAAUCCAAAAUUGAUUCUAUAGAAGCUGACCACCAAGAAACAAAGGAGAUGUUAGCAAGCAGUGUAUGUGGACAGAAGCAGCUGACUGAACUUAUAAAAGAAAAGGACAUGUUAAUGGAAACCAUGAAAGAAAGAGCUAAUGAAUUACAGAAAGAACUAGAAAAGAAUAGUGAUACAGUUAAAGAUUUGGAGCUGCUAAAACAUCAGCUUGAAGACAAAGAAAGACAGCUUAGCACCAUAAAAGAAAAAAAUAGCCAUCUCAAAGAAGAAAUUGACAGAAUGAAAGAUCAUCAAGGCAGACACCAUUCUGUGGCUGAACCAAAAACUCUUGACAUUAUUACAGAGCUAGAAACUGAGAUCUCUCAUUUAAAGGCAAAAGACAGUACUUCUCAAGAGGAAAUGUCCUUGAUGAAAAACACAAUAGAAGAGCAAAAAGCCAACAUAGCACAGCUUCAGAAUACAAUUCAAGAGCAAGAAAAGGACAUGGAUGAGUCAAAGACACAGCGUGAGCAUGUAACAUCAAUGUACAAAAAAGUUGUGUUUGAUAAAGACAAAACGAUCAUUAGCCUUCAGGAAACUAUAGAUGAAAUCAAGAAACAGUUUCAGAGAGAUGUGCAGGUAAUCCACACUGACUCUCCUGUUAUCCUUCAAGAAGACAAAUGUCACUCGAUAAAUCAAGAGAAUGGAGAUGAGAAACAGGACUUAUCAAAGGCCGAAAUUGAUCGCUUGGUGAAAGGAAUAAAGGAGAAAGAAACGGAAAUAAAUUUACUCAAUGAGAAGAACUUGACACUUCGCAAACAGUUGGACCAGCUAGUAGACUCCAGAACUGAAGUCAGUAAACUUUCUCAAAUUAUUCAACAGAAGGAUUUAGAGAUACAAGCACUUCAUGCACGGGUCACUUCAGGGAACUUUAUGCAAGAUGUUAUUUAUUUGCAGCAGCAGUUGCAAGCUUAUGCAUUAGAAAGAGAGCAGGUUUUAGCUGUCCUCAAUGAGAAGACAAGAGAGAAUAGCCAGCUGAAGUCUGAAUAUCAUCGACUUAUGGACAUUGUAGCAGCAAAGGAAGCUGCUCUUCUAAAGCUCCAUGCAGAAAAUCAAAAGAUGUCGGAGCUGCGUGACGUUGGGAGUGAAGACAUGGUAAGAGAGACCAUUCAAAACCUUUCUAGGAUUAUAAGAGAAAAAGAUAUUGAGAUAGAUGCUCUGACACAGAAAAGCCAAACAUUGCUUACUGUCCUGCAGUCAUCUAGUUCUGGGCCAGGUAGUGAAUCCAGCGGUGUAAGCAGUAAUCAGUUUGAAGAGCUUCUUCAAGAGCGGGAUAAUCUAAAGCAACAGAUGAAGAAAAUGGAGGAAUGGAAGCAACAAGUAAUCACCACUGUGAAAAACAUGCAGCAUGAGUCAGCACAGCUUCAGGAGGAGCUGCUAAAACUACAAACCCAGGUCACUGCAGACAGUGAUUCCAAUGGUAAACUCUACGUUGAUUACAAUAGAUUGAUCCAGAGUUAUGAGCAGAAAGAAAGGAAACUGGGAAGCCUAAGUCAAGAGUUAGCUCAGGUUCAACAGAGUAUUAGCCAGCUUAGCAACACAAAGGAUGUUCUGUUGGGAAAGCUAGACUUGGUGUCAGUCGAACCAAAAGAAAUAUCUUCACAGACUAGCACCGUCUUGCAUAGUGCAGUGCCUCUAAGCCUAGAUGAACAGCUUAAGAAACUGCAUGAAGAGGUAGCCAUCUUUAAAAACAUGCUGGAAGAAAAGGAAACAGUAAUACGAACUCUUCAGGAGAACAACCACAGACUUUCUAAUUCUUUUGCCUCAAGCAGUGAAAAUGAAAGGAAAGGACAAGAGGAGGCAGCUGCUGAGAGGAAGCAAACCAAGGAAAGGUUGGAUGGACUUCAGAAAUCGCUCCGGGAAAAGGACCUUCUGAUUAAAUCAAAAGGUGACCAACUAAAUUCUGUAAGUGAAAGCCUGAGAAACAAAGAGAAUGACAAUGAAGUAUUAAAACAAGCAGUAACCAACCUGAAAGAGAGGACUUUGAUCUUAGAAAUGGAUCUUCGUGCUGUCAAGGAAGAAAAUGAACAAAUAAUGUCAAAGUCUAGAGAGAAGGAGACCGAAUUCCGUGCCUUACAAGAGACCAACAUGCAGUUUUCAAUGCUUCUGCGAGAGAAGGAGUUUGAGUCCAACUCAAUGAGAGAGAAGGCAUCUGCCCUGGAGAGGCUAUUGAAGGAACGGGAGCAGGGCAAGUCUGGUGAGUUGAACCAGCUGUUGAAUGAAGUGAAGUCAAUGCAGGAAAAGGCAGCACUGUUCCAGCAAGAGAGAGACCAAGUAAUGUUAGCUCUAAAGCAGAAGCAGAUGGAAGCAAGUGCUGUCCAGAACGAGUUACAGUACUUGAGGGAUAAGGAGCAACGGCUCGCACAAGAGCUUGAGCGUCUGCGCAGCCAUCUUAUUGAAAUGGAGGAAUCCUAUACACGAGAAGCAGUGGCAGCUGAAGACCGUGAAACUGAACUUCGGAGGAAAGUGAGCGUCCUAGAAGAGAAGCUGGUUGCUUCCUCCAGUGCUGUGGAAAAUGCCAGUCAACAAGCAAGUUUACAAGUGGAUUCCUUACAGGAACAAUUAAAUAUUGUCGUACAGCAGAGGGAUGAGGCUUUAAUUCAUUUAAACGUUUCCCAGGAGCAAGUAAAGCAGUAUGCAGUGUCCCUUUCCAACCUGCAGAUGGUGCUGGAACAGUUUCAGCAGGAGGAAAAAGCUAUGUAUUCAGCAGAACUGGAAAAACACAAAAAAGAAAAUUCAGAGUUGAAAAGAAGAACAGAAAAACUGGAGGAAAGAGCGUCCAAUCUACAGGCAAGACUGGAUGAAGCCAAUGCUGCCUUAGACUCUGCUUCUAGGUUAACUGACCAGUUGGACCUAAAGGAUGAGCAAAUUGAAGAGCUCCAAAAACAAGUGGGUCUUCGAAAGGAAAUGCUGGAAGAUGCUCAGAACAAGCUUUUGAAUCUUUUGAACAAUACUGAAGGGAAAAUAGACAAAGUCUUAAUGAGGAAUUUGUUUGUUGGUCAGUUUCAUACUCCAAAAAACAAAAGGCCUGAGGUUCUUCGAUUGAUGGGCAGUAUUUUAGGCUUGAAGAAGGAGGAUAUGGAUGAGCUGUUGAUAGAAGAGCACCGUGGUGUCACUGGUUGGAUGACAGGCUGGCUAGGUGGUCGAAAUGUUCAAAGUGUCCCCAACACUCCGAUGAAAGGGACACCUGCCUCAUCAUUCAACACUUCUUUUUCAGAGCUGUUUGUGAAAUUUUUGGAAGUGGAGUCCAGACCCACUCCACCACCUCCAAAGUUAUCAGUGUUUGACAUAAAGCCUUUGGGGGAUGCUGUAGCAGGCAAGCCUUCUGGUGUCAGAGCAGCCAAUCUCGCAGGUACAGCUGGAGCAGAUAGACGGACAGAUUCCAAUCCCUUUCUGGCUCCUUGUUCAGCAGCUGUUCCUCUCACCACGACAGCAACUGGCAGCAGUAGCACUGGACAUCUGUUGAUGAAGCCAAUCUCGGAUGCUCUUCCCACAUUCACACCUCUUCCUGUGUCUCCUGAUGCUAGUGCAGGAGCUGUGUUAAAGGACCUACUCAAAGAAUGAGAAGAAGCACUUUAUAAGUUUAACUUUGACCACAACACUAAAGCAGGAAGGGCAGUCCACAUAACACCCUUGAUGUGCUGACCGAACCCAUUGUACUGUGUGAGCACAUAUGUGCUGCCUGUGCUGGCCAAAUAUGACAUUUGCAGCUUGUUUUGCACUUCGGCCAUCACACAGGACCACAGCUUAAACCAGAAAAUGUCACCUUCUUAUUUCUCAUUUGACAUCACAGUUGAUCUUCUCUUUAAGUUAAUGCUACUCCAUGCCUUCCUUCAGUCAUUUCCUCCUCUGCCACCUUGUGAAUCCAUGACAUGCAUGGUAACAGCCAGCAAAGAAAUUGUUGAAGUAAUGAAGCCAAAAUGUAUAGAGAAUUUGUCUUCUGAUUAUCUAUUGUGGGUGACAGUAUUUUUAUGUGUCUUGCACGAAAAGGUUUAACUGUUGCCAUGAGACAAAUCUGGUUCCACUGUGAUAAGUCCAAUUAGAGUGAUAUACUGUUUACUGCUAUGGGCAAUAAACCAGUUUAAAAGAGGCCAUUCUGAUGAGAAUACAUUCUUAGAUUUCAGGUUUGGUUAAGCACUUAUAAAAGAUUUUCUAUGUCUUUUGCAUUGUGUAUGUAACUUAUCCUGCCUAUAGGCAGGCGAAUGCAAUCAGUAAAUCUGUUCAGGGUAUUAUGUGUGGAAAGAGAGUGUAGAUGAAGUGACACCUCUCCUAAUUUUUAGUAUAUCGCCUUGAUAUGAUCAGUCUCAUGUUGUGCCUACUUAGUGUGGUUAUCUAAAAAAUGAGGUUGUGCAGAGGAAACCAGUGUUAAUCAGAAUAGAGAAAUAAUGUGGGAGAAGCCUUUAUAUUCAGUACAUUUCUUUUGGUUAUCAUUGUUCAGGAUUUAAUUUUCCUUUCCAUUUUAUUUAAAGCCAAGCUUCUUAUCUGGCGUAGCUGGAGACUGAGCUAGAGAAAGCUAGCAAUCCAAUAAAAUUAGUGUAUUUUUGAAUGCAUUAUGACUCAAGCUGAAAAUCCCUAUAAUUGAAGUGCCUAGUGAGGAACAAUGUAGUUAGGUCACAGAUGAUGCUGUCCCAGACACAUCAGAGAGGCCCAGGGCACACCUUUAUUUGUAUCUCUUUAGGCUGUGAUUAUGAUCAAGAUAAGAGUGAGCUGAGUGCUACUGAAGCUCCAGUAUGCCAGAGGAUAUUGUGCUUAUCAAGUAACCCUACUUGUUCUGUUUUAGAGGUACAAGGAGCACUAAGGACACUUUGUAAAUUUUACCCUAACCUGAGUGGGACAGAAUGAGGUGGCACAAGAGUCAUGGUGCAGUGUGCCACAUGUUUGUAAAAUUUGUGUAGUCAAAGGGUGAUAUUUUGCUGGGUGGCUUUUAAAGCCUAAUAAUACUCGAGAUGUAAAUACAAAUAAAUUUUAUUUGCACAGCA